AUGGAAAAUUGUUUUAACUCGUACCCAGUUGUCCAGGGUAUUACAGCAAUAAAUUUGUAUUCACAACAAGUAUUUAAACAAGUUGGUGCUAAUAUUAAAUCUCAAGUCUCUUCUUUAAAAAGUGAAAAUAAAAAAGAAAAAUUUAGAGAAAAAUGCAAGAACCUGGCUGAUUAUCUAAUUAAUUCGAAACACCCAAAUGGAUAUAUUCAAGAAUAUAUUUGGAAAGGAUCACUAAGAACUUGGUAUAGUAAGAACUUUACAGGGAUUACUCAACAUGGUGGAUGUUUUAUGAUUUUUAACAAUGAAGAAAAAAAACUUUUAGAAUUAAUUUAUGAUGCUUACGAUUUCUGCGAAAAAAAAAAACAAUAUAUGCAAAUACUAAGUAAGUAUAAAAAAAAUAAUAGUAGCAUAUAUGACUGUAAUAGUGAUGAGAAUUGUAUAAAUAAAUGUGCAGAAUAUAAUAUAUGGAUUAAAGACAGGGAGGAUCAUUUUAAUAAUAAGAAGAGUCUCUUACAUUCCAAAUGCAAAAACAAAAUAUCUUUAUCCAAAUUUUCAACAAAAAAUUGUGACAUAAUGAAAUCUCAAACUUUUCAAAAAGUUAGUAAAUGCUCAGUGUCUAAUACAAGAAUAAGUGCACACAUCACACCUGAAGAGAUAAAUGAAGUUUCAGAAGAAUCACUACGUGAAAAUAAAGCUCAAGAACCCUCUAAAUCUCUAAAACAAUCUUUAUCUCAAGAGGAAAAUUCUCCUAAUGUUCAAACAUCACACUCAGAAAAACUUCAUCAUGAAGAGGUACUUAAACAUUCAGCUAAUCAACAUGCAACUAAAGAAAAUGAAGUUACAGCACCCUCACAGAUUGAACCAUCGAAUCCAACUACAGAUAUUAAAUCUCCACGUUUGCAAAAUGAAGAAGCUACUAUAUUACAAUCUCCAAAUCCUGAAAAUUCGGGGGCACUUCCUAAUUCUAAAAUUAUUUCUCCACCUACUUAUGCGUCAAGUUUUUCCUCACUUUCUACUUCACAUUCUUCAUUUUCUACAGCUCUAGGAAUGAUUAAAAAAAAAAAAAAGAUAAGAAGAGGACACUCAAAAUUUCUUAGAUUAUUAGUACCUUCAUUUUCUAACAAUAAAAGUGAGCUUUUAAUAGAUGAUCAUUUGGAGCACUUGAUAUAUGAUGAGGAAGAACUCAUAAAAAAAAUUAAAAUAAAUGAACUUACAAAAAAUUUAAACUCGUCAAGCCGAAAAAAAGACAGGUCCAAAACCAUAAUAGAAAUACAUAUGGAAAUACUCGAAGAAUGCGGAAAUGAAGAAUGGAAAAACAAAAAAGAGGAAUUCCUAGAAAUAUGUAUAGAUGAGUUCACAAAAAUGUUUUAUAGGACUUAUCUCAAUUUAACAGAUGAUGAUCAAAUAACACAAAUUAUUAAAAUUAAUAAUGAUAUUAAAAAACAAAAUAUUCUAUGGAAUAAAUGGAUAGACAGCCAUAGAUAUAUUUCUGAAAAAUUGAAAAAAGUAGAUUGGUUUAAUAAUUUGAAAAAUGAAUGGAAAAAAGAAAAAGCAUACAUAAAAGAAAUGGAAGAAUUAAAAAAGAAAUCUUCCAAUGACAAUCACAGAGUUCCUUUUCUAGAAAUAGAAAAAGAUCUAUGGAAACAAUGGAUAUCGGAAAAGAGUACUUUUAUAGAACAAUAUUUGGAACAGGACUGUCUCAAAGAAUUGGCAGAAAUGUUGCAGAACAUGUCAAAAGAUUCUAUAAACGAAGAAACCAUAAAUUACGCAUCACUAAUAAAUAUAGAAGAAUUACCCCACAAAAAAAAUUAUGAAGAAUUAUAUAAAUAUAUAAAAAAAAAAUUAUUAACAAAGCUAUGUAUUCUCGUGCUUAUGACAAUAAUAGAAGAAUGCAAAAAAGAGGUAGAUUUUGAAAAUAGUGAAUCGUAUUUGGAUAGUUCCAUAAAUGAAAUGAAGGCAGAAGAAUAUUCAGAUAAAAGACAAAAAAUUACAGAAAAAAUAAUUGAAUAUAACUGCAAUGAUUUAGAAAAAAUAAGAAAUAAGGAAAUUCAUGCAUAUACUGAGGAGGACAAUUUCAUGAAUCAGAUAGAACAUUGGAUAAGAGAAGAUGAUACACACGUAAAUUCUAUAGAUAAUGAUGGGAAAGUAAAAAAAUCAGAUGAUAUAGAAGAAAACCAUAUUUUAUAG